AUGUGCGCGCUGGCGGCGUGCUCGCACGCGUGCCACGCGGCGCCGGGCGGGCCGGUGUGCGCGUGCCCGGCCGGCCUGGCGCUGGGCGCGGACGGCGCCACGUGCGGCCCGCGGCGGCCGUGCGCGGCGUGGGGCGCGUGCGCGCACGGCUGCGUGCCCACCAAGGCGGCCCACAAGUGCACGUGCGACGACGGGUACCGCCUCGCUGACGACGGCUUCAGCUGCAAGAGCACGGACGGCAGCACGGCGCUGCUGGUGUUCAGCAACCGGCACGAGGUGCGCGGCGUGGAGCUGCCGGCGCUGACGGCGCGCCCGCUCAUCUCCGCGCUCAAGAACACCAUCGCGCUGGACUGGCGCCGCGACCCCGCCAGCGGCGCGCUGCAGCUGUACUGGACCGACGUCGUGGACGACAACAUCUACCGCGGCUCCAUCGUCGGCAACGCGCUGAGCGGCAUCGAGGCGGUGGUGCGGCAGGGCCUGUCGACGGCCGAGGGGCUGGCGGUGGACUGGGUGGCCGGCAACCUCUACUGGGUCGAGAGCAGUCUGCACCAGAUCGAGGUGGCGCGGCUGGACGGCCAGUACCGGCGCACGCUGCUGGCGGGCGACAUGGACAGUCCGCGCGCCAUCGCCGCCGACCCGCGCGACGGGUACUUGUUCUGGAGCGACUGGGAGCAGGCGGCGCCGCGCAUCGAGCGCGCCUCGCUGGCCGGGCGCGCGCGCCGCGUGCUGGUGCGCGCGGACGUGCUGGGCGACGGCGCCUGGCCCAACGGCAUCUCGCUGGACUACCGCGCGCGCCGCGUGUACUGGGUGGACGCGCGCUCCGACUCCAUCCACUGCGCCGACUACGAGGGCGCCGACCACCGCGUGGUGCUGCGCGCGCACCCCGCGCUGUCGCACCCCUUCGCCGUGGUCGUGUUCGAGGCGCACGUGUACUGGACGGACUGGCGCUCCAACAGCGUGCUGCGCGCCGACAAGUGGCGCGGCGCCAACGUCACCGUGGUGCAGCGCACGCUCACGCAGCCCUUCGACGUCAAGGUGCUGCACCCGCGCCGCCAGCCGCCCGCCGCGCGCAACCCCUGCGCCGCCAACGGGGGCUGCUCGCACCUGUGUCUCAUCCACUCGCCCACGGAGCGCCACUGCGCCUGCCCGCACGUCAUGCGGCUGCGGCCCGACGGCGCCACCUGCGAGCCGCACGAGAAGGUGUUGCUGAUAGCGCGCGCCGGCGAGAUCCGCGGCGUGGACCUGGACGCGCCGCUGGAGCACAUGGUGCCGGCCGUGGCGGGCGCGCACGUGGCCGCGCCCGCCGCGCUGCAGUACGAGGCGCGCGCGCGCCGCCUGUACUGGGCCGACACCGACACCAGCGAGAUCAACAGCGCCGCGCUGGCCGGCGGCGCCGUGCGCGUGCUGGCCGACAGCGGCGUGCGGCGGCCGCGCGCGCUGGCGCUGGACUGGGCGGCCGGCGUGCUGUACUACUCGUCGGGCGCCGCGCUGCUGGCCGCCAGCCUGGCGGGCGAGCGCACGCUGCUGCUGCGCGCGCGCGCCAACGUGUCGGCGCUGGCCGUGGACCCGCGCCGCGGCCGCCUGUACUGGGCCGCGCGCGAGCCCGACGCCGAGCGCAUCACGCGGGCCGACGGCGCCGCCGAGCACGCGCGCCCCCUGCUGGACUCGCUCGCCGAGCCGCGCCUGUCCGGCGUCACCAGUGAGUGCCCGCCCUGCCCCGCCCUGCCCCGCCCUCCCCCGCGGCCGCAGCCUGCGCCCGCUGACCGCUCGUGUUGCAGGUCUGUGCGUGGACCUGGACGCGGACCGCCUGUACUGGGUGAACACUGGCUCGUCGACCAUGCAGUACAUCGACGUCGCCACUGGUAA